AUGGCUGUCGAUAUCGAAACCCUGGAUAGCAUUCGAACGUGGGCGCAGGCAGGCUUUCCGGACAGCUUUGCCAAGCUCGAUGGUUUAACAAGUUCCGAUAUGACAGUUCGCCUUAGAUUGACAGGGCGUGUCAUGAACAGUAUUCGAGUGACCAAAGAAGAGCUACUGAUAACCAUUCCUGUAGGCUCUCUCGCGGGUCCGUAUCUAGCACGCGUGUACGCUUGGACUGAGCGAAACGGAUCUGUCAGUCUGGGUCAUGCCGCUGGAGGCUACAUGGAGGUACACCGCGACACUACCAACCCUCCAGUGCAUUUCCACACGCCGUACUGUUUGGUGGGGCCGGUUGAAGACGAAACUGGUGCGGCGCGUUUCGAAGCCCUCAUACGGUAUUGCGUCAGUAUCAAAAGAGUCAAGGGCACUGGCAUACGCUCCAAAACCAGCGCUUUCAAGGAACACUUCCCAGGCGCCUGUUGUGAAGUUGCUGAACAGGUCACUCGCGAGGCGCGCGAAAAGAGAAUUGCAGACCGUUGCGUUCGUCUGGAGUUGCCCCAUAAGACGCACCUCACCACCGCUCAGAGCCCAGCAUCAACUCCAACACCGACUCCGACUGCAGCCACAGCCCCGACUGCGCCCACGACUCUAGAAACCGGCUACAUCAGCCAUCGCAGCGAACCCCCUACACCCACCGCCGUCGCUAACGAGCACCCACAAUCCCUAGACCAGGCGUUUGCCACAUUCAAAACCACCCUAACGACCCAAAUUAACGCAGCCCGAGUAAUCGACACCCACGAGAAAGCCGCGCUGACUAUUCGAGUCCACAGUCUCGAGCUCAGCGUAGCCUCCGCAGAAGCCGAGCGCGACAAGCUGCAAAGCGAUUUGUUGGCGGCAAAGGAAGAGGCAGAGAAGUGGAAGGCGCAGUAUGAGGGGCUUAAGAAGGUUCUGUGGGAUACUGUGGAGCGAGAAUUUUGA